UUUAUUUUAUAAAGAUAAAUGAUUGGAAAAAAAAGGGUAUCAUUUAUGUUUUAAAAAUAAAGGAUCAUUUAUCUUUAGAAAAUAAAGAUAAAGGAUUCAUUUAUCUUUAUGCUUUAUUAUAAAGGAAAGUAAAGAUAAAGGGUCACCCCUAUUCUAAAAUAAUGUUUCAAUUACACCCACACCCACAUCGACACCUACACCCACAUCCACACCCCCACACUCACACCCACACACCCACACCCUUGAAUAUGAAUUUCAUCGGUUAAAUACUUUAUUUCAGUAAGAUGUACGUUUUUCGAAGUUAAGAUAUUUAACACGUAACAUGAUUUUUCAGUUAUUUUUUUUUAAUAAUUUUAUUAUUUUUUAAUAAAAUAAUAUCUUUUUUUUAUUGUCUACUACACAUAAUUAAUAUUGCAAUGUUUUUUAUUGCACUGAUAACAGGAUAAAUAAUUUUAUCAAAGAAUUUAAUGAAUAGAUAAUUAUUCAUACAAUAUAUUUAGUAGAAAUAUAUGAUGAAAAGUUAUUAAUAAUAUUAUUUAUAUAGUAGUAUUUAGCAGUUUACUGAAAGGGCAUUGGGUAGCUGCAAACGAUUACAAUAUUGUCUAAUUAUUUUUCAUACAAACCUUAAAGAAAUAUGGAUUAUUUGCGGUAUGUUUAAUUGAAUUUUUUGUCUAUUUUAACGUCAUCUAGACAUUCUUUAUUAAAAGUCUAAUGAAGCUUAGAUGAAUAAAAUAUAUGUAAACCGAUGAUUUUGAUCAUGCAGUUAACUCUUCUAGAGCAGCAAUUUUUGGAAUAAAAUCGCGUCCGAUACACAAGAAAUAAACGCGCACAAACACGCUCAGAAAUAUGAUUGCGUCCCAACGCGGCUGAAAUAAUAUGUGAGAUGGGGUUAAUUUUUUUUCUGAUUGCGUUUAAACACGUUGUAUAGAAAAACUGCGUCCAGACACGUUUCAAAAUUUUUUCUAAACGCAUGUCAAUGCGUCUCAUAUUAUACUGCGUUUGAACGCGUUCAGUCAAAUUCUUAUUGAACCCGUAUAAACGCGAUUUCAAUAUGAAACGCGCUGGGAGGCUGUCAAUGUUUUUUUCACGAUUGCAUUUCAACACGUUGUAUACAAAAGCUGCGUCCAGACGCGUUUUAUUAUGAAACCGCGUUUCAACACAUCGAUUUUGCGUUUCGUACUUACAUGGGUACAUAUAUGUGAUAGAUCAGUAUUUAAACAAAAACAGUUUAUCGAACGUUAAACGAAUCAAUGAUUAAGAAUAUUUAUUAAAAUAUUCAUUUGUGAGAAUUGCCUAUAAAAUCUAAUAUUGACGAUUUAUCAUUAAUUUUCAAUAGAGACGAUCUGUAAAAGACGCACAGUUUUCCUGACAUGUCUAUUGGUGUAAGGCAGUUUUGCACUAAUCUUGAUUGUCCACUAAACUAAAAAUAAAAAUCUGACUAAUCCAAUCUAGCUAUUCUAUCCCAUUGGCGCAUAAGUUCUGAGAGUUUCAAUCAGUAGAAUAAGGGUGGGUGUGGGUGUGGGUGAAUGUGGUAGAGAUGAAGAUUCACACCCACACCCACACCCACCCACACCCACACCCACACCCCACCCACCCACACCCCACCCACCCACACCCACACCCACACCCACCCACACCCCACCCUGUCACACAGAACCAUUACAGACUAAUUUUGUUAAAAUAAGAAAAGAAAAUACUUGAAAAAUGAAUCUUCGACAGACACAAUUCAGAUAAAUACUUAACGUUUUUAAUUGAUUUAAAAUGUCUAAUAGACUUUCGUUUGUUUGAUUUUAUAAGCCUUCAUUACAUUUACCUUUUUUGUUUUCCAUUUUUUGCAAUUUCUUACUGUAGAAAUAGUUAAGAAUAAAAUCUCAUACAUGGGCAAUAUUCAAAAAUUUUCUGAAUAAUGUUGUUUCACUAUUUAUAGGUCAAAAUAUUGUUUGGAAAACUUUAAGACAUUUAUUCAAAACCACGCUGAAAAACUUUGUUAACAAUAUGUUCCAAAAAAAUUUUAUGAACUCUUGUUUUUUUUGAGUAUCGAACAAAUAUUUCAAAUAGCACUCUAUAAAAUCAACGUGAAAUAGUUGACACAAAAAUUAUUGUAAAUUAUGCAUAUUUAUUCUAGUGAAGAUGAAGAUAAGAUCUGCAUUCAUAUCCUAAUAAAAUCUAAUAGAUGACGUUUCUUCAAUGCAUAAUGAAAGGUUGAAAACAAGACGAAGCCUAUUCGAAUGUAGUUAGAAAUACAUGUAUAUUGCCAUUGAUUCACAACAACACAUUUAUAUCCUCUUCAAAUGCAUAUCAUUUGAACAACCUCAAUUUACCAACAUUAUCAGUUUGUCUGAUCGAUUCUUUUGUAAAAUAAAUAUUUUAUAAAAUAUUUAAAAAAAGUCAUUCAUAUUUAUAAUAUUUAUUAAAUAUGUAUCAUUUCCAACUUCAUUCAAGAUCAUUUUUUUUUCGUUCUAAAUAGAUUUUUUUAUACAAAUAUGUCAUUGUAUAAUCAUGUAGUUAUGAUUCUUGAUUGAUCAUUAUUUUUAAAUUUUCGAUUAUCUCAAACUUUCAAAUUGAACCAUAAAGACAUAAGAUACAAAGAUAAGAAGAGUUUGUACAAUGGUUCAUUAAAACGAAUUUGAACAAGCAUUUCAAUAUUUACACUUUUCAAACAUUCUACUGUAAAAUAUUGCAUACAACGACAAAGAUCAAUUUAAAAAUUGAGCUUGCUUGAACUCAAUCAUCUGUGCAAGAUGUACUUCAAUAAUUUUAUUUUCCUUCGAGGCUAAACGAAAGUUUUCUAUAUCAUCAAUUGAUAAACUUUUUAGUGCCAACAUAUUUAAAUUAGACAUAUGUGGGUGUGGGUGACGAUGAGAUUGAUUUACGGUCAGUAUAUAAUAAUGGCAUUUAUGAACGAGCAACCAGUAAAUCAUUCUACAGGAAAAAAUGUGUUGCUCUUUGCUUCGUUCAAUUCGCAUGUAACAAAUAAAAUUAUAUUGUUGAUGUGAAUAUUAUGGUGUAAAUUCACCAGAUACCAUUCUCACUUUUCGAAAAAUUUAUUUAUAAAAUAGGGACCUUCUGUUAUGUGACAAUCUUCUCAUAGAAGAAAAUUUUCAAUUGUAGGUCGAAGUAUAAAACAUGAAAAGAGAAUAUUAUACAACUCACAUCCAUCCGAUAUCUUAGUAGGAUCUAAUCGAAUACAACAAUUUCUGGAAAACUCAGUUGUAAAAAUAUACUAAAAUAUAUAUGAAGACAUUUGAAUCCAAUUAUUUGAUUUACCCUACAGGUUGUCGGGAACAUGAUGAAGCCUUGUCAUUUAGCAACGGAUUGAUUCUGUGAUGUUUCACAUUUAAAUUGUAUAGAAAUCGUGAUGAAAUCUUUAUUUGCUUGAGUCAUAUGUAUGAUUUAUUAAACAAUCAUAAGUGGAACAUUGAAUAUGAGUAUGAAUUUCUUAAAAAGGAGAACAACCUAAUUAAGAUUUUCUAACGCUUUUCUUAUCUAUGUCAUAGUCUUUCUGAAUAUGCUACAACAUUUUGUAUACCAAACUUUUACAUAUUAAAAAUAAUCUUAGAGUGUAGGUAAUGUGAGUGUAGGUGCCAGAGGAACAAAACAGAACACCCACACCCUCCACUAUAGAGAUGUUAUUUAUGAAAGAAGGCUCGUGAAAAAAUGUCCACUAUGGAAAUUUUUACUGUAUAUUAUUCUUUGUAUAAAAAUAGGUUUGUGGCAUGAACAAUCACGUCCCGAUCGUGAUUCAUAUGUACGAAUCUAUGCGGAAAAUAUACAAGUUGGCAUGGAAGGCAAUUUUCAGAAGAUGGAUAAUACACAAAUUGACACUCAGAAUCCACUGUACGAUUAUGAAUCCUUAAUGCACUACGAACGUAAUGAAUUUUCUAAAAAUGGUUUACCAACAAUUGAACCAAUUCAACCAAAUGUUAAGAUCGGACAGCGUCUUUAUUUAACUCCAACUGACAUUCGAGAAAUUCAACUCUACUAUAAUUGCACAGGAAGUGGACCCACAUUACCACCAACCACAACAGUUAUUACGACUACAACAACAUAUCCAGUAAUUCCUUUAUCAAAAUGUGCCAAAGUGACUGCUUCUAAUUACACCACGACAGGUUAUGGCUCGCCUAUGUACCAAGGAAAUUAUCUUGUCGAUCGACAACCAACUGGUCUCGGAUUUAACUCUGGUGGUUUUGCUCCUCAAUAUAUUCAGUUAGAGCUUCCUCAAGAUAGUCGUGUUCGUGAUAUAUGUCUACAAGUUAAUCAAUAUCCCAGUGCUUAG